CUGUGUGCACAUUCAGUGCUUACUGAGUGAAAAGUUAAAAUCUGUUUAAAAUAUUUCUAAAGCUUUUACCGCUACCAAUAGAGACAAUGUCAUCUACACAGCGCAUUUGCUUUCUUGUAAUUAUGGUUAUUAUGCUCUUGACCGCUCACAGUGUUUCAGCUAGCAAUUCUCGUCCACCGCGGAAUAACGAUAUAAGUAACAUGGCCGAUGCACUCAAAUAUCUACAGGAUCUCGAUACGUAUUAUGCUGAUCGAGCACGCGCCAGAUUUGGUAAGCGCACACCCUUGGUACAACUCUUAAGGCAACACUUACUCGAUAAUCCCGAACUGGUACACCCAGCAGAUGCUAAAACAUUAGAUGAGAUUUAUUAGAAAUUAAUUUAAUGUCACAUUAAAAGCAUUAGUAACUGCAACACGAGGAUGCUGAGGAAGAAAUGAGUAGACUGAAGCCAAGUCACAUCGGAUAUAUACAAAAUUUAAGUAGAACUUUUGGAACACAUUAUUUAUUGAUAUAAUCUUUUCAAUUGUAUAUAUGUA